AUGCUCACCCCUAUUCCUCCUCACUCUAGCACCUUCGCCACGCUCACCCCUAUUCCUCCUCACUCUAGCACCUUCGCCACGCUCACCCCUGUUCCUCCUCACUCUAGAACCUUCGCCACGCUCACCCCUAUUCCUCCUCACUCUAGCACCUUCGUAAUGCUCACCCCUAUUCCUCCUCACUCUAGCACCGUCGUCAUGCUCACCCCUAUUCCUCCUCACUCUAGCACCUUCGCCACCCUCACCCCUAGUCCCCCUCACUCUAGCACCUUCGCCACGCUCACCCCUAGUCCUCCUCCCUCUAGCACCAUCGCCACGCUCACCCCUAUUCCUCCUCACUCUAGCACCUUCGCCACGCUCACCCCUAUUCCUCCUCACUCUAGCACCUUCGCCACGCUCACCCCUAUUCCUCCUCACUCUAGCACCUUCGCCACCCUCACCCCUAUUCCUCCUCACUCUAGCACCUUCGCCACGCUCACCCCUAUUCCUCCUCACUCUAGCACCUUCGCCACACUCACCCCUAUUCCUCCUCACUCUAGCACCUUCGUAAUGCUCACCCCUAUUCCUCCUCACUCUAGCACCUUCGUAAUGCUCACUCCUAUUCCUCCUCACUCUAGCACCUUCGCCACGCUCACCCCUAUUCCUCCUCACUCUAGCACCUUCGCCACGCUCACCCUUAUCCCUCCUCACUCUAGCACCUUCGCCACGCUCACCCCUAUACCUCCUCACUCUAGCACCUUCGCCACGCUCACUCCUACUCCUCCUCACUCUAGCACCUUCGCCACACUCACCCCUAUUCCCCCUCACUCUAGCACCUUCGCCACGCUCACCCCUAUUCCUCCUCACUCUAGCACAUUCGCCACGCUCACCCCUAUUCCUCCUCACUUUAGCACCUUCGCAACGCUCACCCCUAUUCCUCCUCACUCUAGCACCUUCGCCACGCUCACCCCUAUUCCUCCUCACUCUAGCACCUUCGCCACGCUCACCCCUAUUCCCUCUCACUCUAGCACCUUCGCCACGCUCACCCCUAUUCCUCCUCACUCUAGCACCUUCGCCACGCUCACCCCUAUUCCCCCUCACUCUAGCACCUUCGCCACGCUCACCCCUAUUCCUCCUCACUCUAGCACCUUCGCCACGCUCACCCCUAUUACUCCUCACUCUAGCACCUUCGCAACGCUCACCCCUAUUCCUCCUCACUCUAGCACCUUCGCCACGCUCACCCCUAUUCCCUCUCACUCUAGCACCUUCGCCACGCUCACCCCUAUUCCUCCUCACUCUAGCACCUUCGCCACGCUCACCCCUAUUCCUCCUCACUCUAGCACCUUCGCCACGCUCACCCCUAUUCCCCCUCACUCUAGCACCUUCGCCACGCUCACCCCUAUUCCUCCUCACUCUAGCACCUUCGCCACGCUCACCCCUAUUCCUCCUCACUCUAGCACCUUCGCCACGCUCACCCCUAUUCCCUCUCACUCUAGCACCUUCGCCACGCUCACCCCUAUUCCUCCUCACUCUAGCACCUUCGCCACGCUCACCCCUAUUCCCCCUCACUCUAGCACCUUCGCCACGCUCACCCCUAUUCCUCCUCACUCUAGCACCUUCGCCACGCUCACCCCUAUUCCUCCUCACUCUAGCACCUUCGCCACGCUCACCCCUAUUCCUCCUCACUCUAGCACCUUCGCCACGCUCACCCCUAUUCCUCCUCACUCUAGCACCUUCGCCAACCUCACCCCUAUUCCUCCUCACUCUAGCACCUUCGCCACGCUCACCCCUAUUCCUCCUCACUCUAGCACCUUCGCCACGCUCACCCCUAGUCCCCCUCACUCUAGCACCUUCGCAACGCUCACCCCUAGUCCUCCUCACUCUAGGACCUUCGCCACGCUCACCCCUAUUCCUCCUCACUCUAGCACCUUCGCCACGCUCACCCCUAUUCCUCCUCACUCAAGAACAUUUGCCAGGCUCACCCCUAUUCCUCCUCACUCUAGCACCUUCGCCACCCUCAUCCCUAUUCCUCCUCACUCUAGCACCUUCGCCACGCUCACCCCUAUUCCUCCUCACUCUAGCACCAUCGCCACGCUCACCCCUAUUCCUCCUCACUCUAGCACCUUCGCCACGCUCACCCCUAUUCCUCCUCACUCUAGAACCUUCGCCACGCUCACCCCUAUUCCUCCUCACUCUAGCACCUUCGUCACGCUCACCCCUAUUCCUCCUCACUCUAGCACCUUCGUAAUGCUCACCCCUAUUCCUCCUCACUCUAGCACCUUCGCCACCCUCACCCCUAGUCCCCCUCACUCUAGCACCUUCGCCACGCUCACCCCUAGUCCUCCUCACUCUAGCACCAUCGCCACGCUCACCCCUAUUCCUCCUCACUCUAGCACCUUCGCCACGCUCACCCCUAUUCCUCCUCACUCUAGAACCUUCGCCACGCUCACCCCUAUUCCUCCUCACUCUAGCACCUUCGCCACCCUCACCCCUAUUCCUCCUCACUCUAGCACCUUCGCCACGCUCACCCCUGUUCCUCCUCACUCUAGCACCUUCGCCACGCUCACCCCUAUUCCUCCUCACUCUAGCACCUUCGCCACGCUCACCCCUAUUCCUCCUCACUCUAGCACCUUCGCCACACUCACCCCUAUUCCUCCUCACUCUAGCACCUUCGCAACGCUCACCCCUAUUCCUCCUCACUCUAGCACCUUCGCCACGCUCACCCCUAUUCCUCCUCACUCUAGCACCUUCGCCACGCUCACCCCUAUUCCUCCUCACUCUAGCACCUUCGCCACGCUCACCCCUAUUCCUCCUCACUCUAGCACCUUCGCCACCCUCACCCCUAUUCCUCCUCACUCUAGCACCUUCGCCACGCUCACCCCUAUUCCUCCUCACUCUAGCACCUUCGCCACACUCACCCCUAUUCCUCCUCACUCUAGCACCUUCGUAAUGCUCACCCCUAUUCCUCCUCACUCUAGCACCUUCGUAAUGCUCACUCCUAUUCCUCCUCACUCUAGCACCUUCGCCACGCUCACCCCUAUUCCUCCUCACUCUAGCACCUUCGCCACGCUCACCCUUAUCCCUCCUCACUCUAGCACCUUCGCCACGCUCACCCCUAUACCUCCUCACUCUAGCACCUUCGCCACGCUCACUCCUACUCCUCCUCACUCUAGCACCUUCGCCACACUCACCCCUAUUCCCCCUCACUCUAGCACCUUCGCCACGCUCACCCCUAUUCCUCCUCACUCUAGCACAUUCGCCACGCUCACCCCUAUUCCUCCUCACUUUAGCACCUUCGCAACGCUCACCCCUAUUCCUCCUCACUCUAGCACCUUCGCCACGCUCACCCCUAUUCCUCCUCACUCUAGCACCUUCGCCACGCUCACCCCUAUUCCCUCUCACUCUAGCACCUUCGCCACGCUCACCCCUAUUCCUCCUCACUCUAGCACCUUCGCCACGCUCACCCCUAUUCCCCCUCACUCUAGCACCUUCGCCACGCUCACCCCUAUUCCUCCUCACUCUAGCACCUUCGCCACGCUCACCCCUAUUACUCCUCACUCUAGCACCUUCGCAACGCUCACCCCUAUUCCUCCUCACUCUAGCACCUUCGCCACGCUCACCCCUAUUCCCUCUCACUCUAGCACCUUCGCCACGCUCACCCCUAUUCCUCCUCACUCUAGCACCUUCGCCACGCUCACCCCUAUUCCUCCUCACUCUAGCACCUUCGCCACGCUCACCCCUAUUCCCCCUCACUCUAGCACCUUCGCCACGCUCACCCCUAUUCCUCCUCACUCUAGCACCUUCGCCACGCUCACCCCUAUUCCUCCUCACUCUAGCACCUUCGCCACGCUCACCCCUAUUCCCUCUCACUCUAGCACCUUCGCCACGCUCACCCCUAUUCCUCCUCACUCUAGCACCUUCGCCACGCUCACCCCUAUUCCCCCUCACUCUAGCACCUUCGCCACGCUCACCCCUAUUCCUCCUCACUCUAGCACCUUCGCCACGCUCACCCCUAUUCCUCCUCACUCUAGCACCUUCGCCACGCUCACCCCUAUUCCUCCUCACUCUAGCACCUUCGCCACGCUCACCCCUAUUCCUCCUCACUCUAGCACCUUCGCCAACCUCACCCCUAUUCCUCCUCACUCUAGCACCUUCGCCACGCUCACCCCUAUUCCUCCUCACUCUAGCACCUUCGCCACGCUCACCCCUAGUCCCCCUCACUCUAGCACCUUCGCAACGCUCACCCCUAGUCCUCCUCACUCUAGGACCUUCGCCACGCUCACCCCUAUUCCUCCUCACUCUAGCACCUUCGCCACGCUCACCCCUAUUCCUCCUCACUCAAGAACAUUUGCCAGGCUCACCCCUAUUCCUCCUCACUCUAGCACCUUCGCCACCCUCAUCCCUAUUCCUCCUCACUCUAGCACCUUCGCCACGCUCACCCCUAUUCCUCCUCACUCUAGCACCUUCGCCACACUCACCCCUAUUCCUCCUCACUCUAGCACCUUCGUAAUGCUCACUCCUAUUCCUCCUCACUCUAGCACCUUCGCCACGCUCACCCCUAUUCCACCUCACUCUAGCACCUUCGCCACGCUCACCCCUAUUCCUCCUCACUCUAGCACCUUCGCCACGCUCACCCCUAUUCCUCCUCACUCUAGCACCUUCGCCACGCUCACCCCUAUUCCCUCUCACUCUAGCACCUUCGCCACGCUCACCCCUAUUCCUCCUCACUCUAGCACCUUCGCCACGCUCACCCCUAUUCCUCCUCACCCUAGCACCUUCGCCACGCUCACCCGUAUUCCCCCUCACUCUAGCACCUUCGCCACGCUCACCCCUAGUCCUCCUCACUCUAGCACCUUCGCCACGCUCACCCCUAGUCCUCCUCACUCUAGCACCUUCGCCACGCUCACCCCUAGUCCUCCUCACUCUAGCACCUUCGUAAUGCUCACCCCUAUUCCUCCUCACUCUAGCACCUUCGCCACGCUCACCCCUAUUCCUCCUCACUCUAGCACCUUCGCCACCCUCACCCCUAUUCCUCCUCACUCUAGCACCUUCGCCACGCUCACCCCUAUUCCUCCUCACUCUAGCACCUUCGCCACGCUCACCCCUAUUCCUCCUCACUCUAGCACCUUCGCCACGCUCACCCCUAUUCCCCCUCACUCUAGCACCUUCGCCACCCUCACCCCUAUUCCUCCUUACUCUAGCACCUUCGCCACGCUCACCCCUAGUCCUCCUCACUCUAGCACCUUCGCCACGCUCACCCCUAGUCCUCCUCACUCUAGCACCUUCGUAAUGCUCACCCCUAUUCCUCCUCACUCUAGCACCUUCGCCACGCUCACCCCUAUUCCCUCUCACUCUAGCACCUUCGCCACGCUCACCCCUAUUCCUCCUCACUCUAGCACCUUCGCCACGCUCACCCCUAUUCCUCCUCACUCUAGCACCUUCGCCACGCUCACCCCUGUUCCUCCUCACUCUAGAACCUUCGCCACGCUCACCCCUAUUCCUCCUCACUCUAGCACCUUCGUAAUGCUCACCCCUAUUCCUCCUCACUCUAGCACCGUCGUAAUGCUCACCCCUAUUCCUCCUCACUCUAGCACCUUCGCCACCCUCACCCCUAGUCCCCCUCACUCUAGCACCUUCGCCACGCUCACCCCUAGUCCUCCUCACUCUAGCACCAUCGCCACGCUCACCCCUAUUCCUCCUCACUCUAGCACCUUCGCCACGCUCACCCCUAUUCCUUCUCACUCUAGAACCUUCGCCACGCUCACCCCUAUUCCUCCUCACUCUAGCACCUUCGCCACCCUCACCCCUAUUCCUCCUCACUCUAGCACCUGCGCCACGCUCACCCCUAUUCCUCCUCACUCUAGCACCUUCGCCACACUCACCCCUAUUCCUCCUCACUCUAGCACCUUCCACCUUCGCCACGCUCACCCUUAUCCUCCUCACUCUAGCACCUUCGCCACGCUCACCCCUAUACCUCCUCACUCUAGCACCUUCGCCACACUCACCCCUAUUCCCCCUCACUCUAGCACCUUCGCCACGCUCACCCCUAUUCCUCCUCACUCUAGCACAUUCGCCACGCUCACCCCUAUUCCUCCUCACUCUUGCACCUUCGCAACGCUCACCCCUAUUCCUCCUCACUCUAGCACCUUCACCACGCUCACCCCUAUUCCUCCUCACUCUAGCACCUUCGCCACGCAAACCCCUAUUCCCUCUCACUCUAGCACCUUCGCCACGCUCACCCCUAUUCCUCCUCACUCUAGCACCUUCGCCACGCUCACCCCUAUCCCCCCUCACUCUAGCACCUUCGCCACGCUCACCCCUAUUCCUCCUCACUCUAGCACCUUCGCCACGCUCACCCCUAUUACUCCUCACUCUAGCACCUUCGCAACGCUCACCCCUAUUCCUCCUCACUCUAGCACCUUCGCCACGCUCACCCCUAUUCCCUCUCACUCUAGCACCUUCGCCACGCUCACCCCUAUUCCUCCUCACUCUAGCACCUUCGCCACGCUCACCCCUAUUCCUCCUCGCUCUAGCACCUUCGCCACGCUCACCCCUAUUCCCCCUCACUCUAGCACCUUCGCCACGCUCACCCCUAUUCCUCCUCACUCUAGCACCUUCGCCACGCUCACCCCUAUUCCUCCUCACUCUAGCACCUUCGCCACGCUCACCCCUAUUCCCCCUCACUCUAGCACCUUCGCCACGCUCACCCCUAUUCCUCCUCACUCUAGCACCUUCGCCACGCUCACCCCUAUUCCUCCUCACUCUAGCACCUUCGCCACGCUCACCCCUAUUCCUCCUCACUCUAGCACCUUCGCCACGCUCACCCCUACUCCUCACUCUAGCACCUUCGCCACGCUCACCCCUAUUCCUCCUCACUCUAGCACCUUCGCCAACCUCACCCCUAUUCCUCCUCACUCUAGCACCUUCGCCACGCUCACCCCUAUUCCUCCUCACUCUAGCACCUUCGCCACGCUCACCCCUAGUCCCCCUCACUCUAGCACCUUCGCAACGCUCACCCCUAGUCCUCCUCACUCUAGGACCUUCGCCACGCUCACCCCUAUUCCUCCUCACUCUAGCACCUUCGCCACGCUCACCCCUAUUCCUCCUCACUCAAGAACAUUUGCCAGGCUCACCCCUAUUCCUCCUCACUCUAGCACCUUCGCCACACUCACCCCUAUUCCUCCUCACUCUAGCACCUUCGCCACACUCACCCUUAUUCCUCCUCACUCUAGCACCUUCGCCACGCUCACCCCUAUUCCUCCUCACUCUAGCACCUUCGUCACGCUCACCCCUAUUCCUCCUCACUCUAGCACCUUCGUAAUGCUCACCCCUAUUCCUCCUCACUCUAGCACCUUCGCCACGCUCACCCCUAUUCCUCCUCACUCUAGCACCUUCGCCACGCUCACCCCUGUUCCUCCUCACUCUAGAACCUUCGCCACGCUCACCCCUAUUCCUCCUCACUCUAGCACCUUCGUAAUGCUCACCCCUAUUCCUCCUCACUCUAGCACCGUCGUAAUGCUCACCCCUAUUCCUCCUCACUCUAGCACCUUCGUAAUGCUCACCCCUAUUCCUCCUCACUCUAGCACCGUCGUAAUGCUCACCCCUAUUCCUCCUCACUCUAGCACCUUCGCCACCCUCACCCCUAGUCCCCCUCACUCUAGCACCAUCGCCACGCUCACCCCUAUUCCUCCUCACUCUUGCACCUUCGCAACGCUCACCCCUAUUCCUCCUCACUCUAGCACCUUCACCACGCUCACCCCUAUUCCUCCUCACUCUAGCACCUUCGCCACGCAAACCCCUAUUCCCUCUCACUCUAGCACCUUCGCCACGCUCACCCCUAUUCCUCCUCACUCUAGCACCUUCGCCACGCUCACCCCUAUCCCCCCUCACUCUAGCACCUUCGCCACGCUCACCCCUAUUCCUCCUCACUCUAGCACCUUCGCCACGCUCACCCCUAUUACUCCUCACUCUAGCAUCUUCGCAACGCUCACCCCUAUUCCUCCUCACUCUAGCACCUUCGCCACGCUCACCCCUAUUCCCUCUCACUCUAGCACCUUCGCCACGCUCACCCCUAUUCCUCCUCACUCUAGCACCUUCGCCACGCUCACCCCUAUUCCUCCUCGCUCUAGCACCUUCGCCACGCUCACCCCUAUUCCCCCUCACUCUAGCACCUUCGCCACGCUCACCCCUAUUCCUCCUCACUCUAGCACCUUCGCCACGCUCACCCCUAUUCCUCCUCACUCUAGCACCUUCGCCACGCUCACCCCUAUUCCCCCUCACUCUAGCACCUUCGCCACGCUCACCCCUAUUCCUCCUCACUCUAGCACCUUCGCCACGCUCACCCCUAUUCCUCCUCACUCUAGCACCUUCGCCACGCUCACCCCUAUUCCUCCUCACUCUAGCACCUUCGCCACGCUCACCCCUAUUCCUCCUCACUCUAGCACCUUCGCUACGCUCACCCCUAUUCCUCCUCACUCUAGCACCUUCGCCAACCUCACCCCUAUUCCUCCUCACUCUAGCACCUUCGCCACGCUCACCCCUAUUCCUCCUCACUCUAACACCUUCGCCACGCUCACCCCUAGUCCCCCUCACUCUAGCACCUUCGCAACGCUCACCCCUAGUCCUCCUCACUCUAGGACCUUCGCCACGCUCACCCCUAUUCCUCCUCACUCUAGCACCUUCGCCACGCUCACCCCUAUUCCUCCUCACUCAAGAACAUUUGCCAGGCUCACCCCUAUUCCUCCUCACUCUAGCACCUUCGCCACACUCACCCCUAUUCCUCCUCACUCUAGCACCUUCGCCACACUCACCCUUAUUCCUCCUCACUCUAGCACCUUCGCCACGCUCACCCCUAUUCCUCCUCACUCUAGCACCUUCGUCACGCUCACCCCUAUUCCUCCUCACUCUAGCACCUUCGUAAUGCUCACCCCUAUUCCUCCUCACUCUAGCACCUUCGCCACGCUCACCCCUAUUCCUCCUCACUCUAGCACCUUCGCCACGCUCACCCCUGUUCCUCCUCACUCUAGAACCUUCGCCACGCUCACCCCUAUUCCUCCUCACUCUAGCACCUUCGUAAUGCUCACCCCUAUUCCUCCUCACUCUAGCACCGUCGUAAUGCUCACCCCUAUUCCUCCUCACUCUAGCACCUUCGUAAUGCUCACCCCUAUUCCUCCUCACUCUAGCACCGUCGUAAUGCUCACCCCUAUUCCUCCUCACUCUAGCACCUUCGCCACCCUCACCCCUAGUCCCCCUCACUCUAGCACCAUCGCCACGCUCACCCCUAUUCCUCCUCACUCUAGCACCUUCGCCACGCUCACCCCUAUUCCUCCUCACUCUAGAACCUUCGCCACGCUCACCCCUAUUCCUCCUCACUCUAGCACCUUCGCCACCCUCACCCCUAUUCCUCCUCACUCUAGCACCUUCGCCACGCUCACCCCUGUUCCUCCUCACUCUAGCACCUUCGCCACGCUCACCCCUAUUCCUCCUCACUCUAGCACCUUCGCCACGCUCACCCCUAUUCCUCCUCACUCAAGAACAUUUGCCAGGCUCACCCCUAUUCCUCCUCACUCUAGCACCUUCGCCACACUCACCCCUAUUCCUCCUCACUCUAGCACCUUCGCCACACUCACCCUUAUUCCUCCUCACUCUAGCACCUUCGCCACGCUCACCCCUAUUCCUCCUCACUCUAGCACCUUCGUCACGCUCACCCCUAUUCCUCGUCACUCUAGCACCUUCGUAAUGCUCACCCCUAUUCCUCCUCACUCUAGCACCUUCGCCACGCUCACCCCUAUUCCUCCUCACUCUAGCACCUUCGCCACGCUCACCCCUGUUCCUCCUCACUCUAGAACCUUCGCCACGCUCACCCCUAUUCCUCCUCACUCUAGCACCUUCGUAAUGCUCACCCCUAUUCCUCCUCACUCUAGCACCGUCGUAAUGCUCACCCCUAUUCCUCCUCACUCUAGCACCUUCGUAAUGCUCACCCCUAUUCCUCCUCACUCUAGCACCGUCGUAAUGCUCACCCCUAUUCCUCCUCAGUCUAGCACCUUCGCCACCCUCACCCCUAGUCCCCCUCACUCUAGCACCAUCGCCACGCUCACCCCUAUUCCUCCUCACUCUAGCACCUUCGCCACGCUCACCCCUAUUCCUCCUCACUCUAGAACCUUCGCCACGCUCACCCCUAUUCCUCCUCACUCUAGCACCUUCGCCACCCUCACCCCUAUUCCUCCUCACUCUAGCACCUUCGCCACGCUCACCCCUGUUCCUCCUCACUCUAGCACCUUCGCCACGCUCACCCCUAUUCCUCCUCACUCUAGCACCUUCGCCACGCUCACCCCUAUUCCUCCUCACUCUAGCACCUUCGCCACACUCACCCCUAUUCCCCCUUACUCUAGCACCUUCGCCACGCUCACCCCUAUUCCCCCUCACUCUAGCACCUUCGCCACGCUCACCCCUAUUCCUCCUCACUCAAGCACCUUCGCCACGCUCACCCCUAUUCCAACUCACUCUAGCACCUUCGCCACUCACCCCUAUUCCUCCUCACUCUAG